GACAGUUUCGGAGGUUGUGGUGCUGGCUUCUCAAACCUGAGAGAUAUGGUCAAGUAUGCGAAAGCUUUGGUCGGAAAUCAACAUGGAAGCAGCGCUGAAGAUCUAUCCACAAUGGCUGGUAGUCCAACGAGCUCAAUUUCGGUUUCCAGUAUCAACUACCCUGAAGACCGCACGACGUUUGCUCGUUGGUUCCAGCGAAGUUCUGCAGAGAGUGGCUCAACAGCCUGUUCCGCUAGCCCGUGCACGGACAACACCUCUGGAUGCACCAAGACCUCUACUGGAAGUUGUACUUCCCUUUUUGGAAAAGGUGCAAACGCCAAUGCCUUUUCAGCCUUCAAGAAUGUCAUGUCCAUGGGUCAAGGUGCGUGGUGGAGAUUGAAUGCUCCUGAUUUCAGCAAUGUGUCGAAGACUAAGGGAGAGGAAAAUGUCGAAACCAGCAACGCAGAACCAAUCAUCUGUCAUCAAGGCGAUGUGGGUGGCGGAUCUACAUCGUUGAUGAUUCAUGGGACAAAGGCCGUCAUUGUGUUGAAUAACCGCAAUGCGCCACGCAUGGUGCCAGCACUGGCUAGGGAAUUGUUGAAAGAGUUGAACAACUACCAACAGGAAGAAACCACGAGAAAGGCACCGUGUGGCCUGCGCUGUCUAUUCUCAACAGAAGAAGGACAGGAAGUGGUGGUAGGUACAACAAAUGAGAGCAACGGCAAAGAACUACACGGGAAGAACAGCUAUCUUUACAACCAAACUAUUCGCAUCCCAUCAGCCAAGGACACGAUUGCGCAAAGCCUUACGGGGAAGUAUACUAUCGACAACGCUGAGAACCAUCAGACUGACAACCGCCAGACGGACAAAGACAACUGGUCUCAGGAAGCCUCACAAUCUACUUUGCAAGCCGAAGUCGCUUACUCCACUUGGUGGAAGACCAUGGUCGUCCGUUUUUCCGGUCUCGAGGGUAACUUCUGGAUUUGGGCUCGUUAUCUCUGGUUGCCGAUCUACACGACCCCAGCUGGUAUUGGGAUCGGAAGUGACAACUCCUCAGCUUCAGCUAGUGGAGAUGCAUCAAGAUACACGUUCUACCUACCAGUACCAACAUCCACAGCAACGGGUGUUUUAGACUUUAUUGAUGGAAAUAUAUUCUUUUCCCUCGCUGGGUUUGCAUGCAAACUUCAAAAGGAAUGAAACAAAGUACAAAGCAUUCAACACUGAAGAUGUUCUUGGUUUUUCAUGAUGUAAACACGUCCGGACUGAGAAACUACAGUGGAAUGAUCAACCCAUGAAUUGUAGCAUCAAGUCAACCAUUACCACUACCACUUUUAAGUAAGUACUUACGUACUUUUUUGGGGCGUGAAAUCUCCUGAGAAAUGUACGAGCAUACACACUCACGACGACCCAGCCUUAGACUCCACCUUCAGAGACUUUUUGCCACGACCCCCUCAAAAACCUACUGGCUCUCGUAGAGGCCGUCCCUUUUUACAAGAUGAAGAUCUUCAGAUUUGAAAUCGAGUUCCUCCAGCUGCGUACCAU